ACAACUGUGGUUCAUGAACAACCGCCUGGAAUACAUAGAACCUGGAACCUUAGAACCACUUCGUUACGACCUCCAGGCCCUCUACCUGAACGACAACCUCCUCACGCAGCCGAUGCUGGAUCAGGUCCUGGGCUUCCCGAGGCUGCUUGAAUUCCACGUUGCCAACAACCUGAUCGCCGACAUCUCAUCCAUGGCGGAUUUCACGGAGUCGACGCCGAGCUUGAACACGAUCGACUUCUCAGGAAAUCGACUGACUUCCGUUCCCCAGUUUGCCUUCCGGGCGUUUCCUGACGUCCUGAUUGUGGUGCUGUCUAAUAAUAAUAUAAGCUACAUCCACCCCGACGCCUUCUACAACAUGAAGUCCCUCGAGUACCUGUUCCUCGACGGCAACCACUUGAACCAGCUUGGCUCGCCCGAGGUCGGCAGGAUCGUCCUCGACCAUCCCAUCUUCUCCCUCGGCCUCGAGAGUAGUAACAUCGAGAGCUUAGUUCCGGGUUUCGUCGAGGGCCUGGCGGACCGCUCGGGCAUCGCCCUGGAUAGCAACCCCAUGAGACACUUUCCCGAAGACGUGUUCGGAGACCUCCUCAGGAACUUCUCCAUCUCGGACAACCCGGUGUCGGGCAAGGGCAUCUCCAUGUACCACAACUGGAUCGACUGCGACUGCGACUUCCUGUGGGUGGCCAUCGACGGCUGGCUCAACGCGCACCUGAACGGCGGCCACUGCGGCCACAAGGACGAGUUCCCGUGGGUCAGCCUCGACGACGUGGACGGCCAGGCCCUUCAGGAGCAGUGCCUCGUCACCACGACCGCGGAGCCCACCAACCCCCGCCGAGGGAGGGGGGGGAGGGCGAGGGGCGGGCGGCCGUGAGAGGGGCUUCUGUGAGGGAGGAAUAAACGAGGCAGAAAGGCUU